AUGCUAGAUUAAUUGUCAGAAAUAACACUCAGUGAAUCUUCUACAUUUGAAACUCAAAGAUUACCUCCAAGAUUAUAAACUACUGAAAAAAAGGGAAGUGGAAGAUUUACUUUUCUCAAAUCUGAGUCUGAAGACAAAUAAACUUAAGCUCAAAAUAAUCGAGACAGAAUCAAAUAGCAAUUAAGAGGUAUAUGGAUGUAAUUACUUUAUAAGGAAGGAUUCAGGUAAUAAUAAAGAAACCCUUAAAUGAUGAAAAGGAUUUACAGGAAGAACUACAAGAGUUAGGGCAUAAACUGGAUGUGGAAAUCAAUGAAUUCGAUUCUGAAUACAUAUGUCCAAACUUAAAAAAGUUUGAGGAGGAAUAUGAAAUGAUGGAAAUAUUGGGAGAAGGCUGUCUAGGAUUGGUUAAAAGGAUUGUACACAAAUAAUCGUAAAUUGAGUAUGCAGUGAAGAUAGUUUAAACAUAAGAUGAUGAAAUUAUAAGAAAUGUAAGAGAACAUAUUAAAGGUAGAUGAUUCUUGAGUUUAAAUCAAUGUUUAAGUUGUAACAUGAAAAUAUUGUGAAAGUUCAUAAAUUAUAUGUUGAUUUCAAUAAUGGGUUUUAAUCUGAAAGCAAAGCAUAUGUGGUUAUGGAAUUGAUUAAGGGAAAGGAGAUGUUUGAGGUGAUAAAUGAAUUAGGACAUUACAGCGAAAGCGAUGCUAAGGAAUUAUUUAAAUAAUUACUGAGUGCUAUUGAAUACAUGCAUCGAAAUGGUAUUUGUCACAGAGAUUUGAAACCCAAUAAUAUUUUGUGUGUUGAAAGUAUUUAUUUUAUUUCAAUAGACAAAAAUUAGAUCAAGGUUACUGACUUUAAUGUAAGUAAAUUUAGUGACGCAUAUAAAGAAUUUGGAGACCUUAAGGAUAGAGAGAAAAUUGAAAUGUGGACAUAUACAGGAACAGUAGCAUUUUCAGCUCCUGAAAUAUUUUCUGGAGAAGGUUAUAAGUAAUUCAUUAUUCUAUUCUUAAGCUAAAUGGUUGACAUGUGGAGUGCAGGCUGCAUUUUAUAUUCGAUGUUGUCGGGUUAAUUGCCUUUCCUUUCUGAUUAGUAACAUUUUAGAUUUAUUUGAUAGCUUGAAUGAUUUGAUCGAGAAAAUUAAAGAGGCAACAAUUGAGUUUCCAAAUGAUUUGUUUGAAUAAGUUUCUGAAGAAGCCAAAGAUCUAAUUAUAUAAUUAUUGUAGAAAGAUUGGGCUUUUAGACCUCAUCCUGAUGCUGCUCUAAAACAUUAAUGGUUUUAGAUUCUAGACGAUGAUUAAGUCAGAAAGAAAUCACUAAGAAAAUUAGCAAUCAGAAAAAACAUGCCUAGAUUAUCCUCCAAAUAUUCUAAAAAUAGUCAUAAGCAACGAAAUAUCCUUUUGAAAUCUUCGUAGACUAUCACAAUCAAAAAUAAUCGUUCAGUUGAUUCAAAAUGCGAUGUUUAACAAACUGAUUUAGCCAAUAGUUUUCUAAAAAUUCCAACAAAAAAAAGCAUUUUCUUUUCGACUAAUUUAGGAGAAAGUUAAGGAAUUAACUAAAACUCACCUCAAGAUUAAGAGUAGUCUCCAUCUUUUAUCGACUAAGCAAACUCAUCAAAAUUAAGCGAAGACAUAGGCGAUUUUGAUUAAAGUGUUCCUGAUCGAUUUAUUAAUUUUAACAAACCAUAUAAUGUUGAUGACGAAGUCUAAGAAUGA